AUGGUUGUGGAGGAGGCUAGAGAAGAGAAACAGCCUGCUCCUCAAAAGGCAAAGCCUACUCCUCAAACUAAACAGCCUGCUCCUCAAACUAAACAGCCUGCUCCUCAAACUAAACAGCCUGCUCCUCAAACGAAACAGCCUGCUCCUCAAACUAAACAGCCUGCUCCUCAGACGAAACAGCCUGCUCCUCAAACGAAAAAGCCUUCUCCACAAAAGAAACAGCCUUCUCCUCUGCCCAAAGAGAGAUUGUUGCCGGAGGAUACAGCAGAUGAGGCGAUCUCGGUAUAUAAGAUCUUGCCGGAGGAUAAAGCAGAUGGUGUCACCUCCAAAGAGAUUGUUCCUCUCACUUCCACUGACCAACCGAGCUUCGCUUCCAACGAUCAACAACCGAGCUUCGCUUCCACCGAUCCAGCUUCAGCUUCAGAACCGAGCCUGGUUGUAUUGGACCAAACAGCUCCCACUGCUUCUGUGCGUGCAAGGAGUGAACGAACGAAGAAACCUGCUCCCACGCAGAUAUCUCCUUAUACGGCAGAGAGAAGGAAACUCCUUAGAGUGGGAAAGUAUAAUCCAUUUCCCACACUAAACAGACCUAAGAUGAAGGAGCUCGCUGAUUGGUUGAAAACUGAUCCGUAAGUGAUUGCUUUACCCAUAAUAGCUUGAUUUAGUCUACCAAAACUGAUUGCUUUUUUGUUUGCAGUGAUUAUUUCACUAAGGAAGAGGACAAACCACGUACAUCACCAACUUGGUGGUAUCAAAAACUC